UUCUCUCCAGUAACAUCAACAACAGUAAACAAAAAUGGAAUCAAAAUAAAACGCAUAUACCACACAUCAAAUUAAAUAAACUCUUUUUUUUAUCCCUUUUAAUCCUUCCUUCAAUCUCAACUCCACCUUCCAUUUUCACUCUCUUCUUCACAAUUCAAACCUCAAAAGUCAUGUCUGAACAAGAAGGUGGUAAUGGGUCACCGAAAUCAUCAUCGUUGACUCCUUAUGAAGAAGCAUUGGAGGCUUUGUCUUCUUUGAUCAUUAGACGCACUCGUGCUGAUGGUACCAAUUUUGGUGAUCAGUUUGAUGUUCUCUUUGAGUAUUUAAAGAUGCUAGAUUUGGAGGAGCAGAUUUCAAAUAUGAAGAUUAUCCAUGUAGCUGGUACCAAAGGGAAGGGAUCUACAUGCACCUUCACAGAAUCUAUAUUACGCAACUGCGGUUUCCGUACUGGCCUUUUUACAUCUCCUCAUCUUAUUGAUAUCCGAGAAAGAUUUCGUUUAAAUGGCAUAGAAAUCUGCCAAGAGAAAUUUUUAGCAUACUUCUGGUGGUGUUAUGAUAGACUAAAGGAAAAAACUGAUGAUAAUAUUCCAAUGCCUAACUAUUUCCGUUUCCUCGCUUUACUUGCCUUCAAGAUAUUUGCAGCUGAGCAGGUAGAUGUUGCUAUCAUGGAGGUUGGAUUAGGUGGAAAAUACGAUGCAACAAAUGUGGUUCAGGCACCUAUCGUAUGUGGAAUAACUUCCCUAGGGUAUGACCACAUGGAGAUUCUUGGAAAUACUCUUGGGGAAAUUGCUGGUGAGAAGGCUGGUAUCUUUAAGGAUCGAAUUCCAGCUUUUACAGUGCCACAACCUGAAGAAGCAAUGCACGUCCUUGAAGAGAAGGCUUCUCAAUUAAAAGUACCUCUUCAAGUUGUAGCGCCAUUAGAUGCCAAAUUGCUAAAUGGUUUAACACUUGGUCUCGAAGGUGAGCAUCAAUAUUUAAAUGCCGGUCUUGCCAUUGCACUGUGCUCUACAUGGCUGAAAAGGACGGGGCAUCUUGGAGACAUAUACUUGGAACGAACUGAAACUUUGUCAGAACAGUUCAUAAAAGGGUUAACAAGUGCAAGUUUGCAAGGAAGGGCUCAGAUUGUUGCUGACACGCACUUCAAGAGUGAACAAUCAAACAAACUUGUUUUCUUUUUAGAUGGAGCUCAUAGUCCUGAAAGUAUGGAAGUAUGCGCGAGGUGGUUUUCUCUUGCCAUCAAAGAUAACAGUCCGGACCAAACAUUGUUUCAUCGACAACUUGAUAAUCCUAAAUCCUCACAUGACGUAGUAAAGAUGCAACAUGGAGAAAAAGGAGUGCAGAGAAAAUCCACUCCGAUAUUGCUGUUCAACUGUUUGACUGUACGAGAUCCUCAGCUGCUUCUUCCUCGUCUGGUGGAAACAUGUGCUGAUCAUGGAGUUUAUUUCAAGAAGGCGCUCUUUGUACCAAGUUUGUCUGUGUAUAACAAAGUUGGAUCUCAAGCAUCAACAACAUCGACUGAUUCUGAAGUUGAUCUGUCAUGGCAGAUCACUCUUCAAAGAGUGUGGGAAAAUCUCAUGCAAGGCAACAAAGGUAAAAUUACUGACAUUGUUUCUGAAGAACUAAAAGAUGAUGUGGAAAUGAGUGCCAGUAAUUGUGAACACAGCGCCGUGUUUUCGUCAUUGCCAGUAGCAAUCAAAUGGCUUAGGGACAGAAGUCAACAAAAUCAGUCAGUUCGUUUUCAGGUCCUUGUAACUGGUUCUUUACAUCUUGUUGGGGACGUUUUGAAAUUAGUCAAGAAGUGAUUCACUGCACAAAUUAUAAGCUUCCUUCAAGAUGGCCUGUAACCUUCCAUUCUAAUUUCCAAACACAGCAAGUGUUGAUGAUAUUCAUGACUUUAUUCCAUGCCAUGAAUUUUCUUUAGUACACACUUUGGUUCUUCUGAGAAGUUCCAACCCAGCCCAUGGUCAUCAACCCAACAACCCUGGUUCAUCCUUAGGAUGGUGACUUUCUAUUAGAGAAAAUUUUGUUGUAUUUCAACUGUAUGGUAACUAUUGAUGUUCAGUUUCAAGAUGUUACAAGUUUCAAGAUGUUCGGAUUGUAUAUUCUGAUUUUAUUGUGUGAAUGCACAUAGUUGGGGCCACCUUUUUUGAUUCUAAAGGAGCUGUCCUAUGAAUUAAUGCAAUCUUGAUAUAGUAGAUUCCAUUGGAAUUUUAAUUACUGCAUAUUGAAAUUACUGUUAUUUGAAUCAAAUGGAAGAUUUCAUUCAAA